AUGUCGAUAAAUGGUCAGCGUGGCGGCAAUCCUCGCUCCCCCCGGAUUGACGUCGCAUUGUUGAUUGAGUCCGCCUUUGCUGUUUUCAUGCACAUUGUUUUUGUCCCUAUAGAACCUAUUUGGGGGCGUGUAUUACGAGGAAUUCGUGUCGAGGAUGAGGGUCUUCCGCUCCUCGAAUUGCAGGUCUUCCGCCUCCGCGGAUCAUGGGUCGCGCAGACGGACUCCACCUCGUCCAUCUUCUCCAUCCACUGGGUAGGGAUCGACUACGACGGUGAGGAAGACGAAGACAUAAUCAACAGUAGGCUGGAUCACUUCGGUUUCAUCACGACCUUCCCCAACACCCAGCACCUCUCCAUUAAAUCGGUCUCGUACCAGCUCUACCCCUCCGACUGGAGGCACAUUUUGCGCACCAUGCCCUGUGCUAUCUCCAUGGAGCUCCAUGAUACGGCCUCGCUCGCGCUUGCUGAGGCUCUCAGGCCAGCGCGAGUGGCUGAAGAUAGUCACGAUGAAUUGGGCCACAGCGGCAUUGGCGUUGCGCAAGACGUGUUGAUACACUAUGCCAAGGAUGCCGAAGUCCGCACACUGAAAACCUUCCUGGAGUCGAUGCGGGAUAUCACGGCAGAGACGAGCUUCGUGGGCAACUCGUUCGAUUGGCAUUAUGUCGAAGCCGGCACAUCGCGGGCUACGAAGCAGAAUUCCGCCAAGGACGGAUAUAUCCUGUGUAGUUCGUAG